AUGAGCGCUCAAGAGCAGGAGCUCACCGAGCUGCCUUUCCCACCGGUGACCAAGAAGCACAUCCUCAACUGCUCCUACCACAACUGGCACCCAAAAUACCGCGCAGUGACACCGAAGGCGCGCCUCGUGCCCCUUCCAGCAGCCUUCCUCGACUACCUCCGCUCCGAUGGCAUUGUGCUGCCUCCGGAAGACAGCGACAAUCCCACAUGGUCCGACGACGACAGCGGCAUCUUCUCUGGCGCAGACAACAACGAGGGCGGCGAGGAAGAGGAUGCAGACCCUAGCGUCCACUGGCGCGACACCCACGAAGCUAUCGAGAGAACGAUAGAAGAGCUGGGCGGCAAAGUCGCGCCAAAGCUGAACUGGAGCGCGCCGAAAGAUGCAACAUGGAUCGCUGCUACGAACAGCAUGGAGUGUUCAACACCGAACGACAUCUACCUGCUGCUUCAGAGCAGUGACUUUGUCACCCACGAUCUGGCGCAUGCCUUUGACGACACGGCCGACCAGCUGACUUCGCCAGACCCAGAGAUAGCAUACCACCUCGUUCUGCGGAAGUGGAUCAACCUCAACCCGAGUGUCGAGUUCAGGUGCUUUGUGCGGAAUCGACAGCUCAUCGCGUUGUGUCAGAGAGACCUGAACCACUUCGACUUUCUCUUCAACAUGCAAGACAAGCUGCGACAGACGAUACAAGACUUGUUCGACUCCAAACUGCGAGACACGUUCCCCGACCCCAACUUCACCUUCGAUGUAUACGUUCCGCCGCCACACGACCGAGUGUGGGUUGUCGACUUCAACCCAUGGGCUGUGCGGACAGACCCUCUGCUCUUCUCGUGGAUGGAGCUUCUCACGAUGGAGGUGCCUCAGGCCAGCGACACGAACGAGGCCGAGGAAGUGGUGCGCAUCCCCAUUGCAGCGGCCGGUGGUCCUACCGUGGUGUCUCUGGACGACCUGGAUGAUAUUGCAAGUGCGAGCGGCUCCGACGAGUCUGAUGAAGAUGAUAUCGAGGAGAUUUGGCAGCCAGAGUUCCGGCUGGUGCGGAGGGACGACCCGGAGGCCUAUGGAUUCACAACACCACAGUAUAGCGCACACAAGCUGCCCAAAGAUGUCGUGGAUGCCGGCAGCGGUGGGGAGGGCAUGAUGCGCGAGUUUGCCAUGCAGUGGCAGGAGGCGCAGAGGCUGGCUGAGCAGCAGAGACAAGAAGACAGCGAGGAGGACUAG